GUCGUUGGUGUAUGUAGGCACCGGGCUGUAGGGGCCACAGCAGUCACCCGGCUUCUGAGCUGAACAGGCGGAUAAAACUCGCUGCUUGUUACGCUGGAACAAUCCCGGAGACGGAGCUAGCAGCACUAACAUCAGUAUACGCAGCAGGGCAAAGACGUUUCCAAAGCCUACAGCUCAGCCCUUCACAACAGAGAGGUCAUCAUGUCUGCAUGCCUUCAGCGAGAGAAGGGUUCAGCCAGCGGGGCUGAGACCAGGAGAACCGAGCCCCGAGGCAAGGAGAAGAAAUCAUGGGCAUCCUACAUGACCAACUCCCCUACAGUCAUAGUUAUGAUUGGCCUACCAGCCAGGGGCAAGACCUACAUAUCAAAGAAGCUGACCCGCUACCUGAACUGGAUCGGCGUGCCCACCAAGGUGUUUAAUUUGGGCGUGUACCGUCGAGAGGCCGUCAGAGCAUACAAAUCCUACGACUUUUUCAGACAUGACAAUCAGGAGGCCAUGAAAAUAAGGAAACGGUGUGCGUUGGUGGCGUUGCAAGAUGUGAAGGCCUACUUGAAUGAGGAAGGUGGACAGAUUGCUGUGUUUGACGCAACCAACACGACAAGGGAGAGGCGAGACCUCAUCCUGAGCUUUGCUGAGGAGAAUGCGUAUAAGGUCUUCUUUGUGGAGUCUGUGUGUGACGAUCCUGAAGUCAUUGCUGCCAAUAUUAUGGAAGUGAAGGUCUCAAGUCCAGAUUACCCAGAAAGCAACAGGGACAGGGUGAUGGAUGACUUCCUGAAGCGGAUCGAAUGUUACAAAGUGACAUAUGAACAACUGGACCCUGAUGAAAAUGACAAAGACUUGUCGUUCAUCAAGGUAAUGAACGUGGGUCGUCAGUUCCUGGUGAACCGCGUGCAGGACUACAUCCAGAGUAAGAUCGUGUACUACCUCAUGAACAUCCACGUGCACUCCCACUCCAUCUACCUGUGCCGACACGGCGAGAGCGACCACAACAUGCAGGGCCGCAUCGGCGGGGACGCCGAACUCUCCCCGCGAGGAAAGCAGUUUUCCCAUGCGCUGCGCGACUUCAUCGAGGAGCACAAGCUGUCGGACCUGAAGGUGUGGACCAGCCAGCUGAGGCGCACCAUUCAGACGGCCGAGGAGCUGGGGGUCCCCUAUGAGCAGUGGAAGAUCCUCAACGAGAUAGACGCUGGUGUGUGUGAGGAGAUGACGUACGAAUUGAUCCAGAACACAUUCCCAGAAGAGUUUGCCUUGAGAGAUCAGGACAAGUAUCACUACCGUUACCCCGGGGGAGAGUCCUACCAGGACCUGGUGCAGCGUCUGGAGCCAGUGAUCAUGGAGCUGGAGCGGCAGGGGAAUGUGCUGGUCAUCUGCCACCAGGCCGUCAUGCGCUGCUUGCUGGCCUACUUUCUGGACAAAAGUGCAGAUGACCUGCCCUACUUGAAAUGUCCUCUCCAUACAGUUCUGAAACUGUCACCAGUGGCUUAUGGUUGCAAAGUGGAGACGUUUUACCUGAACGUGGAAGCCGUGAGCACCCACCGCGACCGACCCCUCGGUAAAGUGCGAAGAGAGCCCACACCCAUCCUGCUCCGUCGGAAUAGUUUCACCCCUCUUUCCAGUCAUGACCAGAUUAAACGCCCCCGGCUCUACAGCGCCGGCAACCGGCCCUGGCUGCCCCUCGCCCCCUCCCCCUCUGCCCUGCGGUUCCCCGAGACGCCAGAGGGGGAGCUGAUGCACCAACAAAGCCAACCCUGGUUAGGAAACAGCUGUCUGAAACCCUGUGUGAAGGAAACGACUCUGAAUCCCCAGAAGAAGCUACUGACUGUGUCCGCUUCUGAAUAGACCUGAAAGAAGACUCCCUGAUACCUCCUUACCCACGAUCAACUGACUACGCCUUGUGGGUCUCCUCUCUGUUCCUCCCGCCUCCUCCUCCUCCUCCUCUCUCUGUGGCCCUCUGUAUGACAUUACAUAUACAUAUAUACAUCAAUAUAUGCAUAUUGGUAUAUAACCAGCCAGCAUGUCAAAUAUCCACAAGUAGACAGCUGAACAGUCCUAUGCAUGUGUCCUUUACAUAGGCCCUGGACUCCUUCCUCAAAUGUAAUGCUUUCAUUAGUCAAGUGUUAUCAGCUGAAUGCCUUAUAGCCUGUGACUACGCACAAGAAACAUCAGUUGUCACAGAACUGAAUGUUGGAUAAAGCCAAGGGUAGCUGCUAAUGCGCUAACUUAGUGUUCUCUGUGAAUUCAGGUCUAGGUUCAGUCUUAAGUGUCUGUUGUUAGACUUAGACAUUGAUGAGCUGACUGAAGCUCUUCCAAUCUUUAGUCUGUGCGCAGUUUAUGGGCUUUGUAUGAAACUAGAUCAGGCAGUGGCAAUGGCUGUGUUUUUAGGCCUAUGCUGUGUGAACAGCUUUAACUGUGGCCAAUGUGACUGUAGAAUUUAUUUGGCAAUGUGUUGAAGAAUUGGGAUAGAUGAUUAUGGUUAUGUCUGAUAAGACGAUAGAGAAAUGUCUCACACGCUUAAAUCUUAGUGCAAAGACACCAAAACAUCUCCAUAUGAAUGCAACAACCUGCUUUGAAUAUUUAUUUGUCUAGUAAAGCUAGAGGUUUGCAUCACAAGUUAGCUUAUUAUAUUUUUGAGGAGGUCUUAUUGUGGGAAUGCAUUACAGGUUUGAGUCCAUUUAGGGGCAGAGCAGGCUUACUCUACAUACACUUGUACCUCAUAGAAAUGGACGACGCCGUUUUCAGAAGAUUCUAGAAGUUUGGGUGACAUUUAAUUUUGGUCACUGAAAAUGAUAGUAAAAAAGGCUUCAUAAAGUGAUGAAGGGACCAAAAACCGUUGUCAUGAGGGGGUACCCUUCCAACCUCAUCAAGAUGCGAUCCAAAUGACAUGGAUCAACAUCUUGUGGAGGGUUUGUUUUUAAAAGAACUAUUCAUAUUAUUUAAGUUUGACGUGAACAGGAAUAUCUAAUGAAAUGCGACAUAUUUUGAGUAAGUAAGCUGACUUCAAAAACGCUGGAGGCGACACAAGCCAUUUUACCUUUAGUUGAAUGGUAGUGCCCCCUUGUGGUGAAAUGACACUUUAGCUGUAUGCCUACAUCCUUAGAACAGGAACACAAGGCAGAUACAAAAUUUAGUGCACACCAAAUACACCAAAACGUCACCAUGAUAUAUCUUCUCUUACAGUUGGCUACAAAAGGAUAUUAUUGUGCCUUUCACAGCUCCUUUAUCAGAAAUCUCUUUUUAUGUGCUCCUGAUCUCAAUGGUCUUGGAGGAUAUCAAUGCUGUAGAUUUGAGAGAAAAUUUAAUACACUGCAUGAAUUAGAUUUGGCUGGGGUUGUUUCACCCUAUGUCAUUAUACAUUUCGAAACGAGCCUUAAUCAAAUUGACCAACACAGAUGUUAUGAAAACAUUUUUUCACGGCUUGAUUGUAUUCAGAUUUCAGAUGGAAAAUGUUUUGCAAUUUUAAAGAAAACUCCAUUCUGCAUCAGAUGAAAUCAAAUAACAUACGUUGGGACUUCAGUUGUGAAGAAUGUUCUUAUGUCAAAAAUUUGGCAAGAUUGUGAGCGACUUGUUUUUGUAAUACAACUGAACCCUUUGAUAUUAGAACCAGCAAAAGCUAUAUUAGAUAAUGUGUAUGAUAUUUAUAGAAAUAUGCCUUUUUGGGGGUAGCAACCAUACUGAAGGAUGUACAUAUGUUUGCACAUUCGUGUCAUGUUGAAUUUUGCUACUAGUCCUGCAAAAACAAAGGAAAUUUGAACUGGGGCCUACUGUUGCUCCAUUGGACAUUGUACAGUGCUGCUGUAUUAUGUGAGAUUUGUGGUGCACAGAUCGUUUGCUCAGUAAAACACUGUCUUGGUUUUGAACUGCAUUUGAAUUACUGUAGGGACUCUUGAGAGAACUUGACAGAAACCAUUGAUGUAUCAAUUGUGCUUUUUGUUGUACAAGCUGUGCCUCUGGAGAAACUGAAAGUACUGUGUCCACCUUGUGGCAAUGCUUCUAUUUGACUAAUAUACACUGAAGUGUUUGAGAGCACCUCUGCUGAAUUGUGUCCUGUUAGGUGCCAUGAUGGUUUCAACAAGUCUGUCUUGUUCAUUGGGUCACAACAAGUCAGACUUGGUCUGGAACUGUUGCUUUGUAACUAUUGAAUGUUGGAGUCAAGAUAUCAGUUUGUCAGGUCAAUAACAACUGUCUCUGUGAUGCUGAAACGCAAAAGCUCAUAAUCUACUGUAAAACCCAGAUUUGUGUGUGUAUGUUUUCUACAUGUAUUUUGUGCUGUCUCCGACGGGUUUAGUUAAGCUAUGUUGUCUGUAGAAUCACAUUUAUGGCUGUAAUAAUACAAAUAUAAUCAGUAUAUUAAAAUGAUUAAAAUAUA